UCAGAUGACUCACAUUGGCUCGUGGUUAGCUUCCUCCUCUUAUGAGCCGACAGGAAAAGGGUAGAACUUACUCGAAAACUCGCUUUUCUCCCUCGUAUCUGAGGAUCACCGGGUAAAACAGUACCAGUUCAGCCGCUUAACACCACAGGAGGCGGCUCUAGCGCUCAACAGGCCAAUCACAAGCCCACAGCGCAAACCGGUUAUUGGCUCCAAGGGCUGGCUUUCGAGAUCGAGAAAAGCACCGGCAGAAGCGAAGCAAGCAGAAGGACCAGGAAAGCAUCGCAAGGUGCACCUCUCUCUACCGUGAUCAUGUGUCAGCCGAGCCUGACGCAGCAGCAACAGCGGAGCGCAGUAGGGAAAUGGUGAGAUGUUGCAGAGCUUUGCACAGGCCGUCUUCUUGCUACAAUCUCCACAGAGUCAGGGUUGAUGCCCGGCGCCUCCGACCGCUCGGCUCCUCCUCGUUAGCAGGAGCGGCAGAGGGGUCCGCGAGGGUCGACAAUAGAAACGCUGAUGCCAAAAGCCCCGGUGAUCCGGGGGUCGUUCAGAUCAGCCAUCAGAGCCGUUUCAGGUUGCAGUUCCCGCAGUUGGCUUUGCGGCGGCGCCUUGGACAGCUGAGCUGUAUGUCCCGGCCCACUGCCCGACUGCGCUCAUGGCCACUCUCCUUCCUCCACUACAUACUGCCAUUUGCUGUACUCAAGCCCUUCGCUAAGGUGGGCUGGAGACCCACUAGCAGAGUUAAUAUAUACAAGACCAUCCCCACACGGCUGCUCUCCAGGGCCUGGGGUCGUCUUAAUCAGGUCGACCUGCCUGUGUGGUUACGGAAGCCCAUUUACAGCCUGUACAUAUGGACAUUCGGGGUGAACAUGAAGGAGGCCGCUGUGGAGGACCUGCAGCAUUACAAGAACCUCGGCGAGUUCUUCAGACGCAAACUCAAACCACAGGCUCGGCCAGUGUGCGGCUCGCACUGCGUGAUCAGUCCAGCUGAUGGGAAGAUCCUUCAUUUUGGACGGGUAAAGAACUGCGAGGUAGAGCAGGUGAAGGGGGUCACCUACUCUCUGGAAACCUUUCUUGGUCCAUACACAUGGACUGAGAGCUUGGACAUCAACAGACAUGAAGAUGAUCACAACAACUUCCAGAACCUGCUGGUCACAAAGAAAGGGAACGAUCUGUUCCACUGCGUGGUGUAUCUGGCACCGGGAGAUUAUCACUGCUUUCACUCGCCCACUGAUUGGAGAGUUUCACACAGACGCCAUUUUCCUGGCUCUCUGAUGUCAGUGAACCCGGGAAUAGCGCGAUGGAUUAAAGAGCUCUUCUGUCAUAAUGAACGCGUGGUGUUGAGCGGAGAGUGGAGACAUGGCUUCUUUUCCCUGACUGCAGUUGGCGCCACCAACGUCGGAUCCAUCCGGAUCUACUUUGACAAGGAGCUCCGUACAAACAACCCUCGUUACAGUAAAGGCUCCUACAAUGACUUUAGCUACAUCUCCAACAACAACCAGGAGGGCGUGAGUCUGCGUAAAGGUGAGCACUUGGGCGAGUUCAACCUGGGAUCCACCAUCGUUCUGCUGUUUGAAGCUCCACAAGACUUCACCUUUAACCUCACAGCAGGCCAAAAGAUCCGCUUCGGGGAACCUCUCGGGACCAUGGAGACAUGAGGGUGCAUCUCUUGCGAGGACACUCCGAUCUAAUGCGCAGACAUUUUACGGAGGGUCCCACGGAAUAACCCACAACGCACACCAAGGAACACCUCUUACCUGGUGACGCGGAAGGGUUCGUGUCACCGGCGUUGCGUUAUUGUGAUCAGAGUCACGUUUAAUUCAGAGGUGUUUAUAACAAGGUUGCUUUUUUUUUUUUUUUUUUAGUUUAUAAAGUUCUCUGUUAACAUGCUAAACUUAGACCAUCAACUUGUCGCUGUUGGUUUGCUAGAUUGUUAUUUUUUUUAUGCUUUAAAUGUUUUUUUCUGUUUUUAUUUGUGAAAUCUGUCUCUUUUUUUGGCCAUAUUGCCUUUUAUCAUUGUUUUGGAGUGAAUAGAUUAUUCGGGCGGGUUGUAGCACUGACAGAUGACAGAUUUGGCACUUUUGCUUCACAGUCGACUAAAGCUCUUAUUCCCUUUUUUUUUUUUUUUUUUUAUCAAUCUGAUCCGAGCAAUAACCUGAACUGAAGUUCUCUCAUAGAUGAGAUAAAACAACAAUUAAUCCAUUCAACUGCAUUUUAUUGUAAAUGAAAACAAUUCAAGCCUCUCAGACAAACAGAAACCUUAUUACGAUAAAGAGCAAGUGGCUGUUUUCUAGAAUGAAAAGAUCCGAGAUGAUGUUUUGUGGUAAAAAAAAAAUAAAUGUUUAAUGCAGAUCAGUAAGAUCAGCAAUUCGAGCAUUAUUCAGAUAUAAGCUUUACAUUUUGAAGUUUUCACCCGGGGACUGAUUUUAUUAAUGUGUUCUCGUUUCUUGCGAACAUGGCAAGCGCUUUGGGGGAAGUUCUGGUUUUAUUAACUUUAAGAGCUAUGAGGGGUGGUGAUGAGGACAUCAGCUUGGGUUUGUAACGUAAUACAUAAUGUUUUCCAGAUGUACCAUAAAUAAUAAUUUACUGCUACGAAGUAUGACAUUCAUAAUUUUAUUUUUUUUGUGUAAUACUUGGAAAACCACUUUUCCUGCACACUUGCUUUU